AUGUGCUCAACUCUGCUCAGUAAUCCCAGCACCCUCUCUCUCUCUCUCUCUCUCUCUCUCUCUCUCUCUGUUCCUGAAUCACACCUCUCUCUCUCUCUCUCUCUCUCUCUGUUCCUACUAACUUUUCAUACCACUCGAAUCAGCGGCCUUUCACUUGAAAUCAAAUGUGCUCAACUCUGCUCAGUAAUCCCAGCACCUCUCUCUCUCUCUCUCUCUCUCUUAAUCCCAGCACCUCUCUCUCUCUCUCUCUCUCUGUUCCUACUAACUUUUCAUACCACUCGAAUCAGCGGCCUUUCACUUGAAAUCAAAUGUGCUCAACUCUGCUCAGUAAUCCCAGCACCUCUCUCUCUCUCUCUCUCUCUCUCUCUGUUCCUACUAACUUUUCAUACCACUCGAAUCAGCGGCCUUUCACUUGAAAUCAAAUUAAUCCCAGCACCUCUCUCUCUCUCUCUCUCUCGGUUCCUACUAACUUUUCAUACCACUCGAAUCAGCGGCCUUUCACCUGAAAUCAAAUGUGCUCAACUCUGCUCAGUAAUCCCCACCUCUCUCUCUCUCUCUCUCUCUCUCUCUGUUCCUACUAACUUUCAUACCACUCGAAUCAGCGGCCUUUCACUUGAAAUCAAAUGUGCUCAACUCUGCUCAGUAAUCCCAGCACUCUCUCUCUCUCUCUCUCACCUCUCUCUCUCUCUCUCUCUCUCUGUUCCUACUAACUUUUCAUACCACCUCGAAUCAGCGGCCUUUCACUUGAAAUCAAAUGUGCUCAACUCUGCUCAUAAUCCCAGCUCCUCUCUCUCUCUCUCUCUCUCUCUCUCUGUUCCUACUAACUUUUCUCUCGAAUCAGCGGCCUUUCACUUGAAAUCAAAUGCUCAACUCUGCUCAGUAAUCCCAGCACCCUCUCUCUCUCUCUCUCUCUCUCUGUCCUUACUAACUUUUCAUACCACUCGAAUCAGCGGCCUUUCACUUGAAAUCAAAUGUGCUCAACUCUGCUCAGUAAUCCCAGCACCUCUCUCUCUCUCUCUCUCUCUCUCUCUCUGUUCCUACUAA